AUGGCCGUUCACAUGCGAAAGCUGCCCGGCCAGCUCACCGUCGUCAUCAAACUCGGUAACUACUCAAAUAACGAGAACAACUUACCAACACGCGCAGGAACCUCUUCCAUAGUCGACGAAAAAACGCACCAGCCCCUCCUCUCCAUCCUCUCCCUCAUCGUCGAAACAGCAUGUAAACUGCACGCUGAUGGCCACCGCGUCGUCAUUGUCUCGUCGGGCGCCAUUGGCGUGGGUCUCAGGCGCAUGAACCUACCGCGACGACCGAAACAUCUUCCCCAGGUACAGGCGCUUGCUGCGAUUGGGCAAUGUCGGCUGAUGUCGCUGUGGGAUCAAUUGUUUGGCAACUUGAACCAGCCGAUUGCGCAGGUGCUGCUUACAAGAAAUGACAUUGCAGACCGGACGCAGUAUCAAAAUGCACAGAACACGUUUAUUGAACUGCUAAGCAUGGGCGUUAUACCGAUUGUGAAUGAGAACGACACAUUGGCGGUCACGGAGAUCAAAUUCGGAGACAACGAUACGCUGAGUGCAAUCACGGCGGGAAUGGUACAGGCCGACUAUCUGUUCUUAAUGACGGACGUCGAUUGCCUGUAUGACAAGAACCCUAGAAGCAAUCCAGAUGCAAAGGCUAUCGAGGUCGUGGAAGACAUCGCUGAGUUGGCAGCGGACGUGAGCUCAGCAGGGAGCUCCUUGGGGACAGGCGGCAUGAGCACCAAGAUCGUGGCAGCGCGAUUGGCGACGAGUGCAGGUGUAACAACCAUCAUAACAAAGAGCAGCAAGCCAGGGAAUAUCGGCGCCAUCAUGAGACACGCAGAGCAAGAGCGGAAGAAAGGCAUGUCCAGUCGCAAUUCCACCAGCAACCUUCAAGACCACAACGACGGCGUCCCACUCGCCCAAACCGCAGCUCUAAACCUCCACAACUCAAACCACGACCUCUCUGCAUCGACCAGCUCCCUCGACCAAGCCCCCCUCUCCCCAUCACUACAUGCAGACUCCGACACCGUCCCCCUCCACACCCGCUUCCUCCCAAUCUCCCACCCCAUCCGCGACCGCUACUUCUGGAUCCUACACGGCCUCGCGCCCCACGGCACAAUCUACAUCGACCAAGGCGCGUGGAACGCACUGAACGACAAAGCCGGCCUCCUCCCCGUCGGCAUCGUCGACGUCGACGGCCACUUCGCCCAACAAGAAGCCGUGCGCAUCGUCGUCGUCAAGCGGCUCCCCAAAUCUUCACCAAAAAGCCUUCCCACCACACCCGCCGCGUCUUCCCACGGCGUGCACGCCCCGAUUCCCAUGCGUCACCCAUUGCCGCACUCGUCAUCUUCAUAUGCCCGCGAAGAAGGGCCCAGGCCGUAUGAAUUGCACAACCCGGCGCCGAUGGAGAUUGGCCGCGCGGUGGUGAAUUACUCGGCGGUCGAGAUCAGGAGGAUCAUGGGGCUGCAUUCAACGCAGAUUCGCGAGGCGCUGGGGUAUGCGGAUAGCGAGUAUGUGGCGUUGAGGGAGAAUAUUGCGUUUACGGGGAGGGAGAGGAGUAGGCCCAGUACGCCGGAUCAUCGGUUGGAAAAUUAG